GACGUUUCCUUGUUUUGCAAUCUCUGCUUUAAUUUUGGACUUUGUUCGAUUCGAUUGUUUUUGUUUUCAUUUAGUACUUUAGCUGUCCUAGUGUACGGUUGUGUCCACUUAAUUAACUCAAAAAUAAGAAAAAUGUCUGCAUUUAUCAAAACAAUUGCUUUUAACAAUCCCAGGAAACUAAUUUCUAAUGUAUUCAUCCGAACAUUCACAAAAGCAGAACUACCGCAGUUUGAAACUCUAGCCGUGUCUGUUCCGAAGAAACAUGUCUAUCAUGUAGAGCUGAACAGGCCUAAGAAGUCUAACUCUUUUACUAGGACUAUGUGGCAAGAAAUAAAUAACUGCUUCACGACACUGAGCUUGAUUCCUGAAUGCAGAGUGAUUGUGGUGUCUGGGCAGGGCAAACAUUUCUGUGGUGGUAUUGAGUUGCAGAGCUUGGUACAGCUAGCUGCUGAGGCUGAUGAACUUGAAGACGUGGCGAGGAAAGCUCGCUACCAUUACAACUUCAUCAAAUAUGCUCAGGAAACAAUAUCUUCGCUAGAGGAGUGUGUGAAGCCCGUGAUCACAGUGACCCACAACGCCUGCAUCGGCGCCGGCGUCAACUUGAUCACUGCUGCCGAUAUGAGAUACUGUACAGAAGACUGUUGGUUCUCAGUGCGAGAGGUGGAUGUCGGUCUUGCACCCGAUGUAGGCACUCUACAGAGAUUGCCUAAGAUAGUGGGUAACGCAUCAGUGGCCAGAGAGCUUUGCUUCACCGGUAGAAACUUCGACGCUAAGGAGGCGAAAGAAAUCGGUCUAGUCAGCGAAAUUUUCCCUGAUAAAGAAACUGCCCUGACGAAAGUGCUAGAGAUAGCUGAAAACAUAGCGGCCAAGAGUCCCGUCGCGGUGCAGACCACUAAGAUCAACCUCGUCUACUCACAGAGUAGACCUAAUAAGGACGGGUUGGAACAUGUUCGUCUCCUAAACUCAGUGAUGAACCAAGGCGAAGAUUUGACAAAGGCCGCUAUAGCUCAAGCCACCAAGAGCCCCGUACCAGAGUUCGAUAAUGUUUAAACUAAAAAGAAUUGGGUAAUUUCCAGGGUAGCAAAAUUAAAAAACUAAUUGGUCCAUCAGUUAGAUAAUGAAAAAAUAUUAGACACGUAUUUUUUUUUAUUUUCUCGUAUUAAGGUGCAAUAGUUAGAUAAAUUGGCGUUAAAGUUUAGGUCUGGAAGGUUGUUACGUCAUAACGUGCUACAAAAUAUGACACGCUGUGACGUCACACGAUAUUUCAAAUUAAUAUAUCGUCG